AUGCCCGUGGUCUCCCCGUCACGUUACACGUCCACCUCCUCGAGCCUCACCGGCUCCUACCGCUCCACCCUGACGUCGUCCGCGAGCCUGGACAAGCCGUACUACCGGUCGAGCGGCACAUACAUGACGUCCACUCUCAGAAGCUCAUACGGCGACCGCACCACGGAGUACAGGUCCCGAUACACGGACGUGGACGGCAAGCGGGAGAGGAAGACCUCGCUGGUGGAGUACCAGAGCCGAGGCUCGCGGGCCCCGAGCGCCACGGACUCGGACAACGGCGCCCCUGCCCGCUACAGGAGCGAGAGGAGCGAGUCCCGAUCCAGGGAUGUCUCGACCACCCGCAGCGAGAGCGGCAAAGCGGACGCGCGGAACGCGAAGAGGGGCUUCGUCGGCUCGGCGGCGCUGGCCAUGUCCACGGCGGAGCUCUACAACAAGUACUCGCCGGCGAACUACAUACCGCUGACGCAGAGGAUCCAGCAGCAGCAGCAACAGAACCAGAGCAACUACGGCGAGAUAUCCAGGUCCAAGUCGAUCUCGAACGACAUCGGGCGCCCCCCGCCGGCGGACACGUACCGCAGCGCCAGGAGGGCGCGGAACUCCAGCGCCGCCACCAUCACAGAGAAACCGGAGGGCAGGAGAUGGUAUAAGGAGGGCUCGCCCACCCCCGGCCACAGCAAAAGGGGCUCUAUGAGCAACGGCGUUAAGGACAGCAACGGCAACGAGGUGCCCACGGUCUCCGAAAUCCGCAAGAGGUUCGACCCCAAGAUGACGGUCACCAAGCUGCCAGCGAACGAAUCUAGGUUCACGGCGAAGGCCUCCGUCGAGCAGUACCUUAGCCAGCUGAAGGAGUGCGAGAACGGCACCGUUGGCUACACGAAGGUGGUGCCCAAAGACGACCAGCCCGUACCCGUCCACCUGCCGUACGUGGAGAAGAACGGCGUCGGCCACAGGUGGGAGGUGGGCUCCUCCGGUUCCAGGUCGAACUCCAACUCGGAUCUGUCCAUCAGCAAAACCAUAUCGGAGCCGGUGUCGCUCGCCAGGCCGGCGGCCGCGGAGAAGAGCACCACCAUGUCCACCUCCUUCACGGCCAAGCUGCCGUCCGAGAAGUUGGCGAGCAUCAAGAGCCAAUUCGACCCGAACAAUCCGAUCGGCAAAAUCCUGGAAAAGUCCACGGUGAUCCAAGUGGAGAACGGCGACCUGGACUACACCGAACGAAAGAAACAGGCUAGGGACAGUCCCGAAGUGAAAGUCAAGGAAUCCCUGAAAAACGAUAUAGAGAAACAGAUGAAGGCCCCCAAACAUACCUCGAACUUCGCAUCCUACAUACAGAUCUCGCAGCCCAUCGCUUCGGGCACGUCCACGCCGAAAGCGUCGAAACAAGUGGAGCUGAACGAUAUUAUAAAUGACGAGAUGACAAAAGCCGAGCUGACCAUCAAACCGGAGACCAGGAAAAGCAAGGUGAACCUGAAGUACAUAGACUCGGAGUUGGACGAACGCUUAGGGCUGGAGAACGAUAUAGAAUCGCCCAGCGGCACGGGCUUCGAGAACAAAACCUUCGAGCACGAGAACUAUCUGAAGAGGCGCACCGAGAAGGAGGUAGACGAGAAAGCGGUAACGGAAGACGGUGGCAAGUCAAUGGAAACGAGCACGGAGAGUACAUUCAGCGAGCCCACCGAAGACUCCAGCCCCGGAACGCCGUCCACCAGAAGAAGGAUUCUGGACACGAAAGACUACGAGGAGAUUAAAGCGGCGCCGUCGGUCCAGUGCGCGGCCCGCCCUCGUGAUGGCCGCCUCGUGACGUCACGAACGCGCGAAAUGUUCUUCCCCGCGGGGAUCACU